UUUAAAUACUGAUGGUGUGAUGUUAUAAUCAGGCAAAAUAAUAUGACUUCACUACAUAAUACACAACCAAUGUAAUAUAAAACAACACUCAAGAAACAUGUGGCCAAGUUUUUUUUAAAUUAAUAACGAAGCAUUUGAUUGUCCGAGUUUAAUACAAAUACGCCCUCAUUAUUCGUAUUUCAUAUCUGUAAAAGAUAAAACUAUAUAGUUUUGGCGUGUUUAUAAUUUAGCUAUACUUGUAACUCAAAGGCCUAAAUACAAGCACAAUUGUAUUAAAAUUCUGCACAGAUAAUCUAUAUUCCGUCUCUUAUCUGUCUCCGUCUCUAACAAUAAGUAAUUGGUCAAAUGUCAAACACUGUGGCCAUUCUGGGGGCUGGUCCCUCCGGUCUUGUUGCCGCAAAAGAAGCUCUUGCCAACGGUCUCGUUCCUACCAUUUUCGAAAAACAGGCCGAGUUAGGAGGAGUAUGGAACCCUCAAACUGGAGCCGUUUGGGACACUAUGCGAACGAAUAUUUCAAAAUUCACGACCGUUUAUGGGGACAGGCAGUACCCAAAUGACACGGAAAUGUUCCCAUCAUCAUCCUCUGUUUUCUGCUAUCUUAAUGACUAUGCAGAUGAAUUCAAACUAAGAGACCAUAUCAAAUUGCAGUCAGAAGUAGUAAGCGUGGAACCCGUGGGAAAUGAAUAUGGAGCAUCAGGUUGGCACGUAACAUGGAAAACCAACGCUGCAUCAACUGGCGUCCUUCUUGAGUCACAAACUUUCCAGGGAGUAAUCGUGGCGACUGGGAUAUUCGUCAAAGCCAACAUUCCUAAUUUGCCCGGCCUUUCCACCUUCCCAGGAAAAAUUCUUCAUUCCAACGAGUAUAAAACUGGCCAAGAAUUUGAGGGAAAGAAUGUCCUCAUAAUUGGGGGAAGCUUUAGUGGAGCUGAGAUUGCUGCCGACGUGUCCACCCACUCGAGACAAUCUUAUCACACAUUCAGGCGACGAUUUUGGGUUUUAAGAAGAUAUCUUCCCGACUAUCAGGAGAGAAACGGAUCACUAAUCCCCAUCGAUUUAUUAUUCUACAAUAGGAAAUUCUAUUCACAAAAAAGUACAACUAAUAAUGACGAGGAAACUGAGGAAAACAUUAUCUUUAAGAAAAAUACAAAUCUGCUCUCCUUUUGCCAGGAACAGCAAAAGUUCGAACAACUCAAAAUUCCUAAGGAAGACUUUAAAAUUUCAAUAAACUCUGUGAUAUCCGACAACUAUUUACCUCAGGUAGAAAACGGAUCCUUAGUUCCAAUCUUGGGAGCAAUCAAAGAAAUCCAGGGCAGAACAGUACAAUUUCAGCAUGGUCAGACCUUAUUAGACGUUGACAUACUCAUUUUUGGGACGGGAUUUCAAAUGGACAAUUCAUUCUUCCCUAAGGCAGUACUAGAUAAAUUGAAAUACAAUCCACAGGAUGGACUUCAGCCUCUCAUCCUCUUCCAAGAAUGCUUUCAUCCCGAUCUUGCCGGCCUUUUCUUCGUGGGCAUGUACAAAGGACCAUAUUUCGCCAUGAUGGAACAACAGGCACGCUUCGCUUGUCGUGUUUUGGCUAAAAUUAUAAUGCUUCCCUCGAAAGAAGUUACAGAAGAAGGACUGCGUAAAGAGGAGGAAAUUCGAAACCAAACAUUCCCCCGACCUCAAUUUCCACACCCUGAGUAUGUCUCGUUUGUUGACAAGAUGGCCAGUCUGGGGCACAGUUUUCCCAAUUUGGACAAACUCCUGUCCCCCAAGGAGUCCUUGGCUGCUGCGUUUGGACAAACCAGACCCUCGGGGGCCCUCAUCAUGAUGGAACAUCAAAAAGCGGAAAUUGCUCGGAGGUUCAUGAGCGAACCAGUGACGCCAAGCCAUUACAACUUUGUUCAUAGUCCUAAACAGACGCUGAAUCAAAUGGACUUUGUGCAACAAGUAUUGAAACAGUUUGAAAAUACAUGAUUGAUCACAUUUAAACAAUUUAAUUGCACAAUAAAAUAAAAUUUCCAAAAAAA